AUGAAGUUCAAUUCUGCAGAUUUUCCCAUUAUGAACAGGAUGGUAGUAGCUAGAGAAGAUGGAAUACAUUAUGAGAUUGAGAAGAACAGCCUAGCAGACACAUGGGACAGGCUAUUAGAAUACUACAAUAAAAAGAUUUUGGAAGAGCACAAGGAGGAGUUUGAGGAGGAAGAGCUUUAUAGGAUGCUCUGUAAGGCAAGGAUUGAGGUGGAGACAGGGCAGAAAGUGUACGAGCUGGUUGAAAAGGGAGUACUCGGGACAUACAAGGUGAGGCCACGGAAUGUAGACAGAUGCGAGUUCAAAGGGUUUAUUCUGGAUGCAUGCAUCAGACUGCUGAAGAAGGGAUGUUCCGAGCUAGAGGAUGCGAUUAAGAAGGAAGAAAGAGUGUGGAGGAGUGUGGAAGGGAUUGGGGUGCCUACAAAGUUGGUGAGUGGAGAGGUUCGGGUAUAUGUAACGGACACACAAUACCUGGUUGCAAAUGAAGAGGGGGGUUAUGUGUGCUCGAAUGACUGGAAUCCCCGUGGACUAACAUGCAGCAUUAGGUAUAUGGAUGUUCACCUUGAAUGCUCCGUGCUUCCAAAGAGUGGCAUGAACAUGGUUGACAUGGCCAGAGAGUACUUUCUCGAGAGGUCGAUUAUGCAGGAAUUUUCGAGGAAUGAUAUUGAAAUCAAGAUAGCAGAAGUAGAAGAGCCUUCUGAGAAGAACGAUGCAAUCUGUGCAUACGUGGUAAAGGAGUUAAAAGAGGGAAAGAGCAUUAGAGAAAUAUUCUGUACAGUAAGCCUCUACCUCUCAAGAAAGCUUGUCGACAUUAUUGUAUCUAACUACAAGAGAUGCAAAGUCCUGAAGUACAGCGGCAGCAUUCUUAGGGAUGGGCUACCUGAGGUGUUUUUUGUGCUUGCUGGCAAUGAUGUCAUCAAAGUUGUAAGGCACAUUCCAGAUAGAUUUGAGAUAUUUGUGAAUGAGAUUCCAGUGAGGUUCUUUCGAAGGGCCCAACCGAUGCAAGUACCCUUCUAG